AUGUACCUUACCGACGACAUCUUCAAGACCACCGACGCCGCCGCCGACGGCCAUCCUUACCACUCUCUUCCCAUACAGCCCAUGGACACCAACCCGCUUUCCCCGGAGCACCUAGGCAAGAGGAAGCGCGGCCCCGCCGGCGACCAUGAGUACACCACCAACACCGCACCCCUCAAGAACAUCAAAAUCCUCCCGACCCACCACCACCUCUCGCCGCGCCACGACUCCCACCCAGCCGUCGACUACCCGUCCCCCCUCCCCCCUCCUCGCCACCACCACCACCACCACCGCAAACCUCUCCUCCCUCUUCCCCGCGUCUUCGCGCACCCGCGCACCCACCGCAACAGUACCAACCACCACACCCGCCCCCUCGCCGUCUCCCGCCCCACAACAACAGCAACAACAACCAAACCACCACCGCCGCCGCAGACCCCGUCGUCAACAAUAGACCUCACGCCCUGCCACCGCUGCCACCGCGCCCCCCGCCAGAAACGCGAUCUGGACAACUACUCGGCCUGCAGCGCCUGCGGCGCCCGCACGUGCUACAUCUGCAUGAGGGUUUGCGAGCGGCGGAUCGGAUGCGUCGACCGCCGCCGCGGUGGUGGUAGCGGUGGUGCUGGUGGGAGCUACGACGACGGGGAUGGCAGGAGGAGGAUUUGUCGCGAGUGCUGCGUCGAGACUGGGUUGGAGGGGGAGACGUGGUGUUUUGAGUGUGUGGCGGUGGGGGAGAUGGGGGGUGGAGGAGGUAGUGAGGAGGAAGAGGGGGAGGGGAUGGUUAUGGGGUGA